CCUGUUCUCAGCGACUCAGUGCUGUUUAUAAGAGACUGCCAACGGAGUAUGUUGAGUGUGACAGAAGGACUGAGGAAAAAGCCAACAAGCACAACUCAUGGAAUUGUUUAGUGAUAGUCUUUUAUAAUAAGUAUUUCGGGCUAUUUCGAAUUUGUAUUUAUAAUAGACCCUCGCACAGCUAGGUUAUCUCUUCGUAAUUAUUUGCGGUGAGCUGGCUAACCUACUUGGCUCUGAGCGAAUUACAUCGGCAAUGUUGUAAAACGAGUAGGCAACCUUUCAAAGUAAAGUAUGUAUCUGUAAGUCAAAGAAAGUCCAGUCUUCAAGCCUACAGGAGAAAAGAUUUGCCAUCUCACUGAAUCAUGGUUCGGGAAGGUUGUUGAGUGUGUAAAUAUCCCUCCACAAUGUGAUGCCCCAAGGAAUCGUUGAAGGUGUAGCUGGGGUUAGAGGUCACUUCCUAUUCACUGCAGUUUGACACUGAGGACCAACGACUCGCUGUUCCGUUUCCAUUGCACGCCUCAGAAAACCCUGGGAGGAGCAGCUGCUGGGAUCUGGGUGUUUUUGCGUGCGACUCCAGGCUAGAGCAGGGGAUCAGUCGUUUAUUCAGAGGUGUUUCAGUGCAACCGACGCGGAUGGGCUACGCCAGAUGCCAGAGAGGGCCUGGAUGGGAGAGGGAGUGAGAAUGGACAACCUGUUAGACUUUGGAGGCCUCUGUCCGUCCAGCCGGAGAGAAUGGGACACGAGCAGCUGUGUGGACGAGCUGAUGGAUGAAGAUGAGAAAGACAGGGCAAAGAGGGCUUCACGUAACAAAUCAGAGAAGAAGAGAAGAGACCAAUUCAAUGUGCUCAUCAAGGAGUUGUGUACCAUGCUCCAGGGCCAGGGUCACCCUCGCAAGAUGGACAAGUCCACCAUCCUGCAGAGAACCAUCGAUUUCCUGCAGAAACAAAAAGAAAUCACGGCCCAGACAGAGAUGUGUGAGAUCAGGCAGGACUGGAAGCCUUCCUUCCUCAGUAAUGAGGAGUUCACCCAGUUGAUGCUCGAGGCUCUCGAUGGGUUCCUCAUCGCGCUGACGACAGAUGGCAACAUCAUCUACGUGUCUGACAGCGUGUCCUCGCUCAUCGGACAUUUACCGUCAGAUAUGGUGGACCAGAAUAUCUUGAACUUCCUUCCCGAGCGCGAGCACGGGGAGGUUUAUAAGCUGCUGUCGUCUCACAUGCUGAUGACGGGUCCCCUGGCUGCAGACUUCCUAGACGGUGAGAGCCAUGUGGAGUUCUGCUGUCAUCUCGCCCGAGGAAACAUCGACCCCAAAGAACCCUCUACAUAUGAGUAUGUGAAAUUUGUCGGAGAUUUCAAGUUUCACAACAAUGUGCCUACAUCCUCUUGUAAUGGGUUUGAACUGGCGUUACCACGAACCCUGCAGUCAUCUCUUGAGGAGCAGGCCUGCCUUGUUGCCACCGUACGAUUAGUCACUCCGCAGUUUUUAAAGGACUUAUGUAAUGUGGAGGAUCCCUGUGAUGAAUUCACAUCCAGACACAGUCUGGAGUGGAAGUUCUUAUUUUUAGAUCACAGAGCGUCACCAAUCAUAGGCUACUUGCCCUUUGAGGUGCUUGGAACUUCUGGCUAUGAUUACUAUCAUGUGGAUGACUUGGAGCUCAUAGCUCAGUGUCAUAAGCAAUUGAUGCAGUUUGGAAAGGGCAAAUCCUGCUACUAUCGUUUCCUGACCAAGGGCCAGCAGUGGAUCUGGCUGCAGACUCACUACUACAUCACCUACCACCAGUGGAACUCCAAGCCUGAGUUCAUCGUGUGCACACACACGGUGGUGAGUUACGCUGAGGUGCGAGCGGAGAGGAGAAGGGAGUUUGGGCUGGAAGAGACAUCACCUCCUGAGAUCGCUGCCUCUGUUAAGGGUCAGGAGGUGUAUCUGGACGUGUGCCCCACCCUGGAGCCUCCGAGGGACAGGACCAGUGGAGCAUGCUCAGUGUCGUCCCACAGUUCCAGGAAGUCCUCCCACACUGCCCUAUCAGACUCUGCCUCCAACUCCUCGGUCAGGUACUCUGAGGCCUGCACACCAUCCAGGCAGUCUGCGUCCGUCGGCACAGAGAAGACCUCCACUAGAAGACUCCAACCUAGCAGUACCAAGACGUUGGUUCAGAGACAAAACUCUUUUGAUGUUCCCCAGCUGAGCUUCCCUCUGUCUCCCGCCUGCAGUCAGCACUCCGCAAUGCAGCAGCAGCAGCAGCCGCAGCCCCUCUGCCAGCUGCAGCCGCAGCCCCAGCCAGGGGUGAUGCACCAGCUGAAGGAGCCCCAGCCAGGGGUGAUGCACCAGCUGAAGGAGCCCCAGCUAGGGGUGAUGCACCAGCUGAAGGAGCAGCUGGAGGAGAGGACUCGCGUGCUGCAGGCCGACAUCAAGACCCAGCAACAGGAGCUUCACGACAUCAAGGAGAAGCUGCAGCUGGCCAACCUGCAGAUGUUCUUACAGCAGCCCGUCGACACUGACUUUAGCCAGGUCCAGCAGCCUCAGCAGCAAGGCCCAGGAAGGCCAACCCAGCAGCCCCAGAGUCAGACACAGAGUCAGACACAGAGUCAGACACAGAACCAGAGCAAGUCUGGGGUCAUCCGACAGGCCUCAGGUCACUCCAAACAGCCCAUCUGUGGAGGCCACAGUUCCUCACCGCAAUCCCUGCUGAGAGAGCACAGCUCUCCAUCCCCUCAGGUGCAGCAGAGGCAGGUGUCCAGGGGCCAGGUCCAGACGGUCAGCCUGCCGGUCCAGACUCACACCAGCCUGACCCUGCCCUUCUACAGCAACCCCAUGAUGUUCUCCCAGACCAACGCACGGACGCUGCAGGACACUAACCAAAGACACUCAGACAACGAGUUCAGCCAAGACGGACAGAUACGGAUGCUGCUGAACCAGCAGAUGCAGACCCUGCUUCCUGACAGCACUGUAAACUCACAAGCGUCCCACUGCACUUCAGGCAUCCAACAAACCAAAUACACCUUGGAACAGCAGAUGAUGACCCCCUCGUUCCCCAUGCAGCAGGUCAACUGCAAUGCUGUCCUGGUUCCCUCUCCUGUCUUCACCUCCCCCAUCAUGAUCCCCCACAACGGCUUCAUCACCCACCAGGCCCAGCCUGCCUACCAUGCCCAGGCCCAAGGCUCCCAACACUCCCUGCAGCUGCAACAACCACAGCAGUUCUUUCAGAUGCAGCCUCAAGGACUCUUACACAGCGGGGGCCCCCAGACUUUCUUCCACACCACCAACGUCCAGCAGCAAAGCACUGUGGGAUACAUCCAACAACAACAGCAGCAACAGCAACCACAACAACAACCGCGUCACCAUUCCCAAAACCAGACUGGCAGCCUUUCAGACUUCCGGAACAUGCUGACCCGGUAGCCCUCCAGUCCCACAGAGAGAGAGAGCAGUGUAAUCAGUGUCAUGUUGCUGGUACAGAUUCAGUAACACUAAUAAAGGUAUUAAAAGAGACGGAGCGGCAUAUAUGAGGCCCACAGAUUCUGCCAUGUUCUUUGCUGUGAGCCAAAUUGGCUUUGUCUCCACAGCAAAACUAAAAACAAAAAAAUCUUUGAAGAGAAAGAUAAUAUGCCUCUGGUGACCUUACUUUUUAUAAGGAGCCAUCUUUACAGACAAAGCUGUUUUUUUACGAGGACACGCCACACACUAAGGCUGCUUGGACUAGGGGCCUCUGGGAAAUUGAGUUUUCUAAGACACCAGGCCUCAAUGUACUGGGCCACAAUCACUGCUGCACCACGGACACCAUCACACGAAUCAACAAGAAAACAGUGCUUUUCACAGGAUGCGUUUACAUGCAGACAUAUUUCAGCAGACGAGGUCAGUGCUGUUCACGUCUGCAUCGUGUUCUCCACCAGCUGUCUGGUGUUCUCCACCAGCUGCCUGGUGUUCUCCACCAGCUGUCUGGUGUUCUCCACCAGCUGUCUAGUGUUCUGCACCAGCUGCCUGGUGUUCUCCACCAGCUGUCUGGUGUUCUCCACCAGCUGUCUGGUGUUCUCCACCAGCUGCCUGGUGUUCUCCACUAGCUGCCUGGUGUUCUGCACCAGCUGCCUGGUGUUCUCCACCAGCUGCCUGGUGUUCUCCACCAGCUGUCUGGUGUUCUCCACCAGCUGUCUGGUGUUCUCCACCAGCUGUCUGGUGUUCUUCUUCUCUAGACAAACAUGCAGGGUGACUUGACUGCUUUGAAGCUGGAAUUUCUAUUAACUUUUAAUUUCACAAAAUCCGUAAGCAUGAUCAUGAAUCCCAUUGUUAUACAUAGGAAUGCUUUUAUUCGACACUAGCUCUAUCAACCUUUAAACCAAAAAUAUUCCCUACUGAUAGUCAUUUCAAUAAAGAGCUUCUGUUUAAGUCCAUUGUAAUCUAGAGCACUUGACGUCAACACAACCAACUUCAUUAAAUACAGUCGAAUAUUUCUCAGGUCAUUUCUGGAAAACAAAAAUAUUUCACUCAGUAUGACAUUAACAACUUUUUAUUUUAUUUUUUACCAUAACCAGUUUUAUUAAUACAGUAUAUUUGCUGACCAGCAGAAUGAUUUAUAUUGGUAAUGAACGGACUGAAUGAAUUGGUGUGUAUGAACAAACUAUCAUAAGUGAACAAAACUAUAGUCUCAUGGAAAUGACAAUCAAACUGUCAACUUGUACUCAGUGUAAAUUCCCCUGAUGCCCCUGACACAGUAGCACUGCCUGACUACCCUGCCAUCUUACCCUGCCUGACUACCCUGCCAUCUUACCCUGCCUGACUACCCUGCCAUCUUACCCUGCCUGACUACCCUGCCAUCUUACCCUGCCUGACUACCCUGCCAUCUUACCCUGCCUGACUACCCUGCCAUCUUACCCUGCCAUCUUACCCUGCCUGACUACCCUGCCAUCUUACCCUGCCUGACUACCCUGCCAUCUUACCCUGCCUGACUACCCUGCCAUCUUACCCUGCCUGACUACCCUGCCUGACUACCCUGCCAUCUUACCCUGCCUGACUACCCUGCCAUCUUACCCUGCCUGACUACCCUGCCAUCUUACCCUGCCUGACUACCCUGCCAUCUUACCCCACAAUCAUUUGCGGAGCUUCAGAGACUUUCAAUUUUAAAUGAGAAGUUGCUACUGUGAAAACUAUGUUAUCCUACAAAACCCUUUUACACAGCUUUGCCCAAUAACCAAAAUUAAUUUAUGUUUAAACAUGUUUCAAAUCCAACAAAAAUCCAGACUUUUUGUAAUGUAGUGGCUGCUAAAGGGAUUUGGGGAUUAUCUGAAAUUGAAGACGGUCUAUGGAGGAAGAUGUUUUUGUUUGAUGUCAUGCAGUGUUGUGGUCAGAUGCUGUUCCGACUCAGUCACUCUAAGAAUGGUGCUGUUAUACUGGUUCAAAAGAUGCUCUAAUUCAGUUAUGGACUCUCAGUAUGUGCCCUUCACCCCUUUAACUAUGUGCAAUGUCAAUUUUGAAAAUGAGAAUGUUAAUUUAUACUGUUUUAAUUGUCUAUAUAAAACCUAUAUAUACUGUGUACACAGUAUAUACAUAAACGGUAUUUAUAUACAAGAUAUAGAGAAAUAGCUGUAUAAGCCAAUGUACCAUGUGAAUUAAAUGGAAUUAUUUUUGUAUGAAUCUAUCUUUAACAUUCCUUCAACCAUGAAUAUCAACAGUAUCUUUCCUUGGGUUCAUCUUGUAACAGUUAAAGACUUUAUUAACGUGACUAAUCUCCACUAAAGACUCAGGCUGGUCUGAUGCGUUGGUAUUCUGACAUUUGGAAAAAGGGGUCAGUUCUGUCUUGUGCUGGGCUCAUGCUUGGUCAACUCAGUGUAACAUAUUUCAAAAGAAUCUUAGAUGCUAAAUCUUUGAACAACACACGUGUUUGUUUUUGAUUCUUAUUGCAGUAAAAACACAACAAUGACCUCUUUCAAGAUCCCUCGUACAAUUUCAUUCUCAUCAUUGUAUGUUUUUCAAAAUAUUUUUUGAUGUCAGCAAAAUGGCAGUUCAGUUUGGCCCUCCAUUACAAUGUGUCAUUUACAAAAAUGAUUCUUUGUCCAUGUCUCAAUGCGCACAAUGGAUACAUAUGGUUAACUGCCUUGUGAAGCUGGUUGAAGGAACAUGUUUUUGUCUUUGAAUAACAGAAACUUCAAAUUCUCCGUUUGUUCUGUGCUCUCUGAGGUGGUCCUGUUUGAUAUAAAACAUUACUUACGACAAACAAGAAAUCGACUUAAUUGUUCUUGAGGAGCAGAUGUUGUUCUUUUUCUUUUUAAAGUUUGAAUUGCUGAGUCACUUUGUGUAGCUGUGUUUUGCUCCAGUUUAUACAAAUGUUUAUUUGUAAACUGUGUUUUGGUUGUACUUGCUACACUAGCUCAAACGGUACUGUUUCUCUGUUGAAAUUGUCAAAAGGAGCUGAUGUUUUAAAGUUUUAAACAGUUUUAAACAGUUUUAUUUUGUUGUUCUCAUGGAUUUCCCAUCCUUUGCUUUUCUUUCUGAAGAUAUCCUCGACUUAAACAUUUACGAUCUUUAAAGUUGACUGUGCAUCCCGGGUGAAAGAGGGCCAGUCAGUGCAUUCUGGAUGUCAGAUCCAACAGAACUACCUGGGGCACGAAUUUAUAAAAAUCUGAUACACAACAGCCAUUUCUGCUAUUGCAUUAAAGAUAAUGCAUACUGUAUUAUAGAAUGUACAAAGACAUUUAGAUAAUAUAGUUGUUUAUUUUAUAUGUAAAAUAGAUUGAAUAUAUUGUAACAUACAUAUAUAUAUAUAUAUAUAUAUAUAUAUGCUACAUGAUUUAAAAAGUUAAACAAACAGAAGUAUUUUGUAACAGAUUAUUGAAGUGUCUUAUUGGGGAGGUGAAGCUUUAUCUGAGUUCUGCCAGUUGGUGUUGCACAGUCAGUUAUAUAGUACGGCUUGUUUUCUUUCUGUAUAUACCAUCAAAAUAAGCUUUAACAUAUUGUUGAUAUUGUUUAAAAAAGAAAUUAAUAAAAAAGUUUACAUUCUGAAACAGCUUGGAUAUUAAUUAUAUGAUAGUGAUAUUUAAUUAUUUAUAAAUCAAUAUGGAUAAUGUGAUAUUUUAAAAUAAAUAUUUCCAAAAAUGA